AUGAGAUGGAGAGCUUUAAGGGACUCCAGGACUGGAAAAAACAAAACUCUGGAAGGGCUGUCAGAAAUGCAGGAAGGAGUCUUAAGGCCAGUGACAGAUCUCUACAAGGAGACUGGCCCUGGGAAGAUGAACCCUAAAUGCAAUGAUUUGGGGUCAGAUAAUAGUUUACCCUCAAAGGUUUUACAGGAGCAAGUCUCUCUAGUAGGUGUUCUCCAUAAAAGUGAAGCACACAGACUAGUUAAAGACCCCAGGAAUCAAACUGGGAAGAACCAUUAUGAAUAUAGUGAGUGCAGGAACACCAAGAAUUGGGAUCUUGCACGUGACUAUGUUCAUGCAAAAGCGAAGCCCUAUGAGUGCAUACAGUGUAGGAAAACCUUCAGCUGUACAUCAGACCUCAUGCAGCACCAGCAGAUUCACACUGGAGAACAGCCUUUUGAGUGUAAAGAGUGUGGGAAAACCUUUUGCAACAGUUCUGCUCUCAGGCAUCACAUGAAGAAUCACACUGAAGAGAAGCCCUAUGAGUGCAGCAAAUGUGGAAAGGCCUUCAUCCAUCAGUCUAAUUUAAUUAAGCAUCAGAAAACUCACACUGGAGAAAAACCCUUUGUAUGCAAAGACUGUGGGAAAGCAUUUUGCUACAGAUUUAAUUUGGGUCAACACAUGCAGAUUCACACUGGAGUGAAGCCCUAUGAGUGCAGUGAAUGUGGGAAAGCUUUUUGCCGAAGUCACACCUCACAGAGCACCAGCGACUUCACACAGGAGAGAAGCCCUAUGAAUGCACUAAAUGUGGCAAAUCUUUUUCCUUCCACUCUGGUUUUGACCAGCAUAGUUGGAUUCAUACUGGUGAGAAACCUUUUAAGUGCAAAGAAUGUGGGAAAACCUUUUGCUCCAAAUAUAAUUUGCAUCAACAUAUGA